UGGAGUGUAAUUGACUAUUGGAGGAGUGGCCUUCCCAGACCAGCAUGCGGACUUUGUUUAUAACGUGAGGAAGGAGGACAAUGUGGAGACAUCUCACCUCACUUCGCUUUUUCAAGGCUCGCAGCAGUCGGUUUCUCUCGCUCUGUAUCAUUAGGCUGUCUGCGGUAAAUUAGGAGUGGAAUAACUCAUCUUCAGGAAUCACUAUCAACAAAAGAGUGUCUGCUUGCCAACGUUAGAAACUGCUGAGACGAUCCACAGACAGAUCCACAGGGUGAUGUGACAGCGACGACCACCUGUUCUCACUAAUAACGAUAAAGAUGAGGAUCCUGGGGCCAGAGAGGUUCUGUGUUCUGCUGGGUGUGUCCCUCCAACUGCUGCUGUUGCUACCAGACACCUCAACCUGGAGUCAGAGUGGACCCCGCCUGCAGCUCUCAUACACAGAGUUGCAUUGGAGGAACAGUUCCAGUGUGUUCUGGGACAGAGGUGUGAGUGGGGGUUACCAGACUCUGCUGCUGGAUGAGGACCGUGGCUGGCUGCUGGUGGGAGGAAGAGACCACGUCUACCUGCUGCACUCUAACAGUCUGGAUCUUCCUACAAGCACGAUCUACUGGCCAGCUGCGACAGAACACGUUGAGCACUGCAGGCUGGCAGGGAAGAACAUUUCGACUGACUGCGCCAACUAUGUGCGUCUCCUCCAGCCCUUCAAUAAGACUCAUGUGUACGUCUGUGGCACCGGGGCCUACCAUCCACAAUGCACCUACAUAGACCUGGGACGCAGUAUUGAGGAGCCAUCGUUCCGCCUGCUGAGCCAUGCUGUGGAGUCUGGCCGGGGGAAAUGUCCCUUUAGUCCACGGGAGCCCUUCACCGCCAGGCUCACCGAUGGAGAUUUGUAUGCCGGGACAUCCGUGGAUUACAUGGGCACCAACACAGCUAUAUUCCGUACCUCUGUGCACAGCAGCAAACAACACUAUAUACGCACUGAGGCCUACCAGGACCACUGGCUCAAUGAGCCAGAGUUUGUGGGUUCCUUCUCUAUCCCAGACACACACAGUGUGGACGAUGACAAAGUCUAUAUCUUCUUCAAGGAGACAGCUGUAGAGUCCAGCCAGUGGGACAAGAGGGUUUACAACAGAGUGGCACGCGUCUGCAAGAAUGACGUCGGAGGGAAGAGGAGUCUGAUUAACCGUUGGAGUACGUUCCUCAAGGCCCGUCUGGUGUGUUCUGUACCAGGACCAGCUGGACUGGACACACAAUUUGAUGAGCUAGAGGACGUCUUCAUGCUGGAGACCAAAGACUCCCAGAACCCCAUCAUCUAUGGAGUGUUCUCCACCUCCAGUUCUGUCUUCAGAGGGUCAGCAGUGUGUGUCUACUCCAUGGCCUCUAUCAGGGCAGCCUUCAACGGUCCGUUCGCCCACAAGGAAGGGCCCGACUACCGCUGGGUGGAGUACAAGGGGAGGAUCCCAUAUCCACGACCUGGCACUUGUCCCAGUGUGACCUACGACCCCCUCCACAAGUCUACCCGUGACUUCCCUGAUGACGUAGUGAGUUUCAUGAGGGGUCAUCAUCUGAUGUGGGAACCCAUCCUACCGGUCACCCGCCGCCCGGUCUUUACCCUGGUCAACGUAUCCUACACCCUGAGAAAGUUAGUGGUGGACAGGGUGGACGCUGCGGAUGGACAGUAUGAUGUACUACACCUGGGCACAGAUGAUGGCCAGGUGCUGAAAGUGGUGUCUAUUCCUAAAGAGAACAGGGAACCUGAGGAGAUCAUUCUGGAGCAGCUGACUGUGUUUCAGAAUCACGCCCCUAUCCUUAGCAUGGAGCUGUCUACCAAACGGCAACAGCUGUAUGUGAGCAGUGAUGAGGGAGUGGCCCAGUUACCCCUGCAGAGGUGUGAGCUGUACGGUAAAGACUGUGCUGACUGCUGUCUGGCCAGAGACCCUUACUGUGUCUGGGACGGGAACACAUGCAACCGAUACUUUCCCAGCAACAAGAGGCGAGCUCGGCGCCAGGAUGUGAAACAUGGGGAUUCAAUGAGCCAGUGUCACAAUGCAGAAGAUGGUUCUGAGUCAGUGGAGCUGAAAGUGAUCUAUGGGGUGCAGAGCAGCUCAACCUUCCUAGAGUGUAUGCCCAGAUCCCAACAGGCUACAGUCAAGUGGACAGUUCAGUCGCCACACACUCGCACUAGCAGAGAGCUGCUCCAGAGCGAGGAUCGUAUGGUCCACAUGAAGCGAGGUCUCCUGGUGCAGCGGCUGGAGCCAGGGGACGCUGGCCUCUACACCUGUACCACCCUGGAGCACUCCUUCUCCCAGGUCCAGGCCCGCUACAACCUCCAGGUUAUACCCCAGCAGAGCAUGACAGCAUCCCAGGCCAAGGCAGCUGAUCCUGGGGCCGGAGGGGCAGGGCUGAGGGGGGGCCUGGUUCCUGGGAGCCACACCAAGCUCCUCAGGAACUACAAGGACCUGCACAUGGUGGGCAUGGCUAGCAUGAGCGCAACCGAGUACUGUGAGCAGCUGUGGUACCGAGAGAAGAAGAAGCUACGCCAGGUGAAGUGGAAACAGACCCAGGUGGACAACGGCAAAGCCAGGGUGCGACGGCACGACUCCACCCCACUACAAUGACCAGCUGGGGAUGGGGAUGGACAGAGAUGUGGGCUGCGUCACAGCACACUUUCACUCAUUGAUAUAACAGUGGUAUAAAAACUCCAUCCAGCCAA